AUGAAACCUCUUCCGAACUCCAUCCAGAGUAUAUCUCAUUGCCAUCAUGAUGAGUACAUCACACAUCGCAGCGGGGGGAUAAGUGUGUGUUCUACUAAGAGGAAUAUCACAGGUCCCAUCUCUGUGAAACCUGUCCUUCUUCGAAAGCUUAUAGCGCUUGUUAUUGCUGGAUGUAUGAUGGAAGCACACCAAUUCCUCUAUGGUCGUCGUGGCUUCCAGGUGACAAUUUCUUUCCAUAUGAUGAUAGGAUUUGUUAUGAGAUAUUUGAAACUUCCGAUCACCGAGAUGGUCGCUGUCGGUCGCCGAAUCCCACGUCUACUCCUCGGCACAAGGUCCUUCUAGGUUCUCUCUUGUGCAGUAUAAAUAUCAGAGCAACCCCCCCAACAAAGACUUACUGAAAGCAACUCACACUAGCGCAGAAGCACAACUCAAGCAUCUCCGGCUUGAAACUCUCUCACUCUAGUUCCCUCUUCAACCAAGAGAAUACCUUCAUCCCUACCAUGACGUUUUCCUCUUGCCCAUCAUCAUGCAAAACAUCAACUAUCUACCGGUCGGACAACUCGAAAUUCCCCGGGGUGCGACUAGCCUUUAUCCCCCUCAUACUGGUGGCGCUGUCGACCGGCAUCCCUCAGAUUCUCUUCUCGACCGACCACCUAAGCUAUGACAAGUGCUCCAUGUCUGAAUCCAUCCUCAAGGACCCGCUACUCAACUCCGAAUAUCGUUUCCUAGCGUCGAUGUACCUAGCCUACGCGUCACUUGCGAUUCUCAUCAUCUCAGAUGUGUCGCGGUAUCGACCGGUGGUGCGAGUGAUCAGCGCACAUCUGCUGUUGGCCGCGCUUGGAAGAACGUAUACGAUUUUCACGCUGGGCAUUCCGGAGUGCACUAGUGCUAAGAUGGACGUAUUGUGCUCCACGACAGCAGAGUAUGUUGUUUCCGGUUUGCUGUGGGCUUUGUUAAAUGUAGAAUCGGCUAAGGGGAAGAAGGGAGUAAAGCAAGUGUGAAGGGCUGAGGUGGGGACAUGGACGUUUUUAGGUAGUUGCCUGUGAAGAUGGCACGUGAUAUGAGUUGCGUGUGUGUUCAAGAAGGACGAAGAUAUUGCUAUUGUUUCAUUUGGUUCGAACGGUAAGAGCAUAACUGGCGGGUUUUGAGAUAGACAAGAAUGGACAUCGUCUUAAGAGAGGGCGCUUCUGUCCCUUUCGUUCUUAGAGAUAACUUGUAUAAAAUGUAUAUUUCGAUGUGCAGUAGAGAUAAAGUAUUCUACAGUGCGCGAAAAAACUAAA